UGUUUGAAAACUUGCAAAUUUGCUAGAAAAAAAUAAUAAUAAAAAAAAAAAUUCAAGAAGAAACAUGAAAACUUCCAAAAUAUCUGGGGGGGUUUCUGGGAAGUUUCUGAGAUAAAUCUCAUUUUUCUUAGAAAUGUACCUUUUAAUUUUUCAUUCCAUCUACAAUGUCCCAACGCACCGUUGUGUCUGACUGACUGAAGGAAAACAUGCCGGGUUUAUCUGAUGUGCCUCCAGUUUCCUCUCCUCACCUCCAGGUUGUUUUAAUGAGACUGAAGCUGGCCUGUGUUUCUCUGUUCCUCUGCUCCUGACUGACCCAGUUACAGAACCUGCUGCUGGUUCCGGUUGCCCAACACCAAACAGUUUGUGAUUAAGCUGAGAGGUGGAUGGUUCUGCAGGAAACAUUUCUGUGACUUUUCAAAAACUUUUUUAUUACUGAAAGUGAACAGAUUCAGAUGCUUAAUAAAAGACCAGACCGGAGUGAGUGCAACGGGUCGCGAUUCUCAUUUUAUUACGGUUUAAAAUGUACCAAAAUCUAGCAAAAUGGAAACAAAUCUGCUGGCCUCUAUUUCGUAACUACGCGGGACGUCCUGACGUCAUCACGCAGGCGGGACCGGAACGUACGCAUGCGCGGAAAGCACCAAAACAAGCAGGAAACUACAAAAGAGAAAAAAAGAAAAUCAACCGGCCCGUUUUUGUUGAAGGCAAACAUUUGGACUAAUUUUGGUUUUUACCGACUUUCCGAGAAGACCGACUUUGACAUAAACUUCACUGUGUGCAAAGUUCCCGAAAUGAAGAGUGAGAACUUCGGGAACACCGAAAAUACGCAAAGCUAAGCUACAUCGGAGCUAAAGUUGGACCCAGAGAACACCGGUUUCAUCCCAGUGGAGAACUUCACCAGCUUGGUGGAGCACCAUGAGCUGCAGCUGGACCCGUCCAAGCUGGACAUGCUGUUAGCGCUGGUCCAGAGCAACGAGGAGGGCCAGGUGUGCUACCAGGAGCUCAUCGAGCUGAUGAGCAGCAAGCGCUCCAGCAGUUUCCGGCGCGCCAUCGCUAACGGCCGCCGCACCCUGCAGAGGGAAAUCCUGCUGGACGAGACGGGCCUUGGACUGUACAAACGCUUCGUCCGCUAUGUGGCCUACGAGAUCCUGCCGUGUGAGACGGACCGGCGCUGGUACUUCCACCAGAACCGCCUCUGUCCUCCGCCCGUCUUCAUCGCCGUCGUCACUAUCGUCCAGAUAAUCGUGUUCAUGUGCUACGGCAUCAUGCUCAAUAAGUGGGUUCUGCAGACGUACCAGCUGGACUUCAUGAAGAGUCCGCUGGUCUACCACCCCGGCCACCGUGCACAAGUCUGGCGCUUCUUCAGCUACAUGUUCAUGCAUGUUGGUUUGGAGCAGCUGGGAUUUAACGCUCUGCUGCAGCUGAUGAUCGGCGUUCCCUUGGAGAUGGUUCACGGCAUCUUACGGAUAAGUUUGCUCUACAUGGCGGGAGUUCUGGCUGGUGAGUUUUAUCACGUCAUCCUGACUCAACGAGCUUCAAUCGUUCAAUUAAAGGGGCGGUGCUAUGUGUUUACCGGGCACAUGGUGCCAUUUUAUAGCACAAGAAAGAAACUGUUUCCGUCAGCUACUUUAAAAUGAUACAUAUAUCAGUUUGACUUAAAAGAAAUUUUACUUCCUAAUUUAAGUCCAUGAAAUUGGACUUUGUUUGCUGUUUUUGUGUUCAGCUUGUUUUCGUUUGGUGAGUCAACAUUCCCAGAAUGCAUCACUCGAUGUGUUUCAGUUACAAAUGUGUGCAAAACUUUGUCAAUGUUCCACUAAUGUCAGAAAAAC